CCUGCUGCUGUCGCUGUUCUGGUGCUGGCUCUGCCCCAGCCCCUUGGGCUGCCCUGCCCACCAGGCCCAUGCAGCUGCUCGGGCUCCUCGGCCUCCUCUGGAUGCUCAGGGCCUCCCCAGGGGCCACAGGAACCUUAUCCACGGCCACGGCCACCUCCCAUGCACUUCCCCCCAGGACAGAUGCAGCCCACACUGUACUCAGUUCCCCCCCGCCCUCCUCUCCCACUCCUGGCAAUAAGGAAAACACACCCACCCCUCUCACCACCUCCCCUCAUGAUAAGCCCAUUCCUGAGACACUGAUCAAAUCUCCCAUCCGUUCCAACACCUCAACAAUCCCCCCGUCCAAGUUUGUCUUCAAGGUUGAAACCACCCCACCCACCGUCUUUGUCUAUGCAGCCACCACAGAGUGCGUAUAUCCAACGAGUUUCAUAGUCACCACCUCCUACCCCACCACCACCUGUGUGACUGUGACCCAGGCGUCCUUCACCAGCUCUUACACCUCCAGUCCCGUGACACAGAGGCCAGCCACAACCGUCACCAGCACUUCCCCUAUUACCACCACUGAGAAAGUGACCUCAGCCGUCACAUCUUCUCUCACCACCAGCACUGCCACAGCCCCACCCUCCUCCUCUGCCACAGCCACGGCCACGACCCUCCACACCAUGAUUUCCUCUGCAACUGGAACCACAAGAAGGACGACCCUGACCCCUGCAGGUGUCCAUACAACCAAGUCCCCUACCCCAGAAAUUACUCCUGUCUCUGCCACUACCUCUUCUCUAGAUACUAUAAAACCCUUCUUAACAACAGGAACUAAUGACAGAUCCUCACCUACCACCAGGACCACCCUGACCACAACGGCCAUGAUUCCAACUUCAUUUCCUAACACCAGUGGGACAUUGAAAACAGAAACUAUCACAACCCACUCUACCACCUCUACAAGGUGGGAGUUCUUCCACAGCCAACAGCUCUACCCCUAUGACAACCAGCACCUUAACGAUACCCACUGGACCACUAAUACACGGACUACAAUCACAGACCUGAGCUCAACACCUACUGUUCCCAGUACCUCAGCAACCUUCACAAAUAUCAGCCCAUCAUCUCCUCCUACCCAGAAUACAGAAAUCACAUCCCUUGUUAGCACAAGCCCAACCACAACUCCCACUGUGACAACUACUCUCACAAGUACUGAGAACCUCCCGACAACUUCUCUCACUACGGAAAUUCCAAUCACUUCUGCAUUCCCCUCUUCCAAGGCUGACAGCACUACUCCCACAGAGACUGUCUCCUCAACUUCGGCCACCACAAACACACUACACACAACAGCUGGAUCCAUCCCUACACUCACCACCACCAACACACUCACAUCACCAACAACCACGGAAAAACCUCCGUCCACUGGAGCACCCACACCCACAGGCCCGGCGACCCUCACCAGCCCUAGAGCCACAUCCACCGUGAAAACCGCCCUGACUCCCACCACCCAUGUUUCCACAGAAUCUCACACAACAGAUAUUACUUCUACUUCCCCCAAAACCUACUCAACCACUCCUACAAAUACAGUGACUUUCAGGACCACCACAAGCUCUCCUCCCACAACCACCAACGUUUUGACAUCACCUACCAGUAUGACUGCAUCUUCUGCACCUGUUCCAAGCACAGAACUGCUCACCAGCGGGACCAUGCAAACAUUCACCACCCCUCAGUCUACCUUGCUUACCACACACCCUACUACAAACACCAGGUCGACACCUACAUCGGAGACCACCUACCCCAACGCUCCCACCAGCACUGUCACACACUCCACCACUGACGUCACCUCUAUCACCACUGUGACAGACACUGAAUCCACCACAACCUCUCUCAAACCCUCGUCUCCCUCUCUCCCAACGACAGAAACAGCAAAGACUGCUACAUCACACUCGGUGACAGAGGUGACCCUGUCCACCCCACAUAGCAUUCCCAGCUUCACUUCCUCAGAUGUCUACUCCACAGUCAGCAUGGCCACCACUGCCAUCACCUCACCUACCACUACAGGGAGCACCAUGGUCACUUCCACAAUGGUGACCCCUUCUACUCUGAGUUCAGAUAUUCCUACCCCAACACUGACAACUAUCACCCCCUCAUCCCAGGGCACCACAGGUGUAUUGACUAUGUUGACAGACCUCACCUCAACACCCACUGUUCCCAGUACCUCAGCAACCUUCACAAACAUCAGCCCAUCAUCUCCAACUGUCCAGAAUACAGAAAUCACAUCCCUUGUUAGCACAAGCCCCACCACAACUCCCACUGUGACAACUACUCUCACAAGUACUGAGAACCCCCGGACAACUUCUCUCACUACGGAAAUUCCAGUCACCUCUGCAUUCCCUUCUUCCACCACUGACAGCACCACUGCUACACAGACGGUAACCUCUACCUUAGCCACCACACACACACUGCAGACAACAGCUGGAUCCAUCCCCUCACUCACCACCACCAACACACUCACAACACCCACAACUGCGGAAAAACCUCUGUCCACUGGAGCACCCACACCCACAGGCCCAGCGACCCUCACCAGCCAAAGAGCCACAUCCACCGUGAAAACUUCACUGACCCCCACCACCCAUGUUUCCACAGAAUCUCUCACGACAGAUAUUACUUCUACUGCCCCCAUCACCUAUUCAACCACUCCUACAAAUACAGUGACUUCCCGGGCCACCACCAGCUCUCCUCCCACUACCACCACCGUUUUAACAUCAACUACCAGUACGACUGCAUCUUCUACACCUGUUCCAAGCACAGAGCCCGUCACCAGCGGGACCACGCAGACAUUCACCACCCCUCAGUCUACCUUGCUUACCACACACCCUACUACAAACACCAGGUUGAUACCUACAUCGGAGACCACCUACCCCAACACUCCCACCAGCACUGUCACACACUCCACCACUGACGUCCCCUCUACUACCACUGUGACAGACAUAAAAUCCACUACCAUGGCUCUUACACUGUCAUCGAGGUCUCUCCCAACCACAGAAACAGUGAAGACGGCUACCACACACUCAGUCACAGCAGUGACCCUGUCGACCCCACAUAUCACUCCCAGCUUCACUUCCUCGGACAUCUACUCCACAGUCAGCAAGUCCACCACUGCCAUCACCUCACCUACCACUACCUCGAGCACCCUGCUGACCUCCACAACAGUGACUGCAUCUACUCUGAGUACAGACAUGCCUGAGAGUAGAAGGGGCCCAUUGUGUUCAGAUAUUCCUACCCCAACACUGACAACUAUCACCCCCUCAUCCCAGGGCACCACAGGUGUAUUGACUAUGUUGACAGACCUCACCUCAAUACCCACUGUUCCCAGUACCUCAGCAACCUUCACAAACAUCAGCCCAUCAUCUCCAACUGGCCAAAAUACAGAAAUCACAUCCCUUGUUAGCACAAGCCCAACCACAACUCCCACUGUGACAACUACUGUCAUAAGUACUGCGAACCCCCGGACAACUUCUCUCACUACCGAAAAUCCAGUCACCUCUGCAUUCCCCUCUUCUACCAGUGAUAGCACCACUCCCACAGAGACUGUCUCCUCUACUUCGGCCACCAUCCACACACUGCAGACAACAGCUGGAUCCAUCCCCACACUCACCACCACCAACACACUCACAUCACCCACAACUACGGAAAAACCUCCAUUCACUGGAGCACCCACACCCACAGGCCCAGCGACCCUCACCAGCCAAAGAGCCACAUCCACCAUGAAAACCUCGCUGACUCCCAUCACCCAUGUUUCCACAGAAUCUCUCAUGACAGACAUUACUUCUACUCCCUCGGUCACCUAUUCAACCACUCCUACAAAUACAGUGACUUCCCGGGCCACCACCAGAUCUCUUCUCACCACCACCAAUGUUUUAACAUCACCUACCAGUACGACUGCAUCUUCUACACCUGUUCCAAGCACAGAGCCCGUCACCAGUGGGACCACGCAGACAUUCACCACCCCUCAGUCUACCUUGCUUACCACACACCCUACUACAAACACAAGGUUGACACCUCCAUCGGAGACCACUUACCCCAACCUUCACAUCAGCACUGUCACACACUCCACCACUGACGUCCCCUCUACCACCACUGUGACAGACACAAAAUCCACUAUGAUGGCUCUUACAUCCUCCUCUCCUUCUGUCUCAACCACAGAAAGAGCGAAGACUGCUACCACACACUCGGUCACAGCAGUGACCCAGUCCACCCCACAUAGCACUCCCAGCUUCACUUCCUCAGAUGUCUACUCCACAGUCAGCAUGGCCACCACUGCCAUCACCUCACCUACCACUACAGGGAGCACCGUGGUCACUUCCACAAUGGUGACCCCUUCUACUCUCAAUUCUGAUAUUCCUCCCCCAACACUGGCAACUAUCACCCCUUCAUCCCAGGGCACCACAGGUGUAUUGACUAUGUUGACAGACCUCACCUCAACACCCACUGUUCCCAGUACCUCAGCAACCUUCACAAACAUCAGCCCAUCAUCUCCAACCAUCCAGAAUACAGAAAUCACAUCCCCUGUUAGAACAAGCCCAACCACAACUCCCACUGUGACAACUACUCUCACAAGUACUGAGAACCUUCCCACAACUUCUCUCACUACGGAAAUUCCAGUCACCUCUGCAUUCCCCUCUUCUACAAUUCACAAUACCACUCCCACAGAGACUGUCUCCUCUACUUCGGCUACCAUCCACACAGUGCAGACAACAGCUGGAUCCAUCCCCACACUCACCACCACUAACACACUCACAACACCCACAACUACGGAAACACCUCCGUCCACUGGAGCACCCACACCCACAGGCCCAGCCACCCUCAGCAGCUCAAGAGCCACAUCCACUGCAAAAACUUCUCUGACUCCCACCACCCAUGUUUCCACAGAAUCUCUCAUGACAGAUGUUGCUUCUACUCCCCCCAACACCUACUCAACCACUCCUACAAAUACAGUGACUUCCCAGGCCACCACUAGCUCCCUUCCCACCACCACCAGUGUUUUAACAUCAUCUACCAGUACGACUGCAUCUUCUACAUCUGUUCCAAACACAGAACCAGUCACCAGUGUGACCACGCAGACAUUCACCACCCCUCCGUCUACCUUGCUUACCACACACCCUACUACAGACACCAGGUCUACACCUACAUCGGAGACCACCUACCCCAACCUUCCCUCUAUCCCUGUCACACACUCCACCACUGACAUGACCUCUACCACCACUGUGACAGACACAAAAUCCACUAUUACGGCUUUUACACCCUUGUCUCCCUCCUUCCCAACCACAGAAACAGUGAAGACUGGUACCACACACUCGGUCACAGCAGUGACCCUGUCCACCCCACAUAGCACUCCCAGCUUCACUUCCUCAGAUGUCUACUCCACAGUCAGCAUGGCCACCACUGCCAGCACCUCACCUACCACUACUGUGGGCACCCUGCCGCCCUCCACAAUGGUGACUGCAUCUACUCUGACCACACAGUCCAACUGCCAUGACGACUUCAAGGAAGUUGACACACUCGGCCCCACCAACCAGGAGAACUUCAGCCCCACCGGUGCCUACUACCCAGACUCCCACCACCCUUACGUCACCCAAGACAACUUCGACCACUACUCAGAUGACCACACAGACAAGGCUGACAACUACCCCAGGUUGGACCUCCUGCCUCCCUGCACCUGUGACAAUGGUGGCACCUGGGAACGAGGCCUGUGCCUUUGUCUCCCAGGGUACUCUGGGGACCGCUGUCAGUUCCAGGAGAUCAGGUGUCAGAAUGGGGGCACAUGGGAUGGCCUUAAGUGUCAGUGCCCAAGCACCUUCUAUGGCUCCCUCUGCGAGUAUGCUGUGGAACAGGUAGAUCUAGAGAAAGUGGACGCUGAAGUGGGCAUGGAGGUAUCUGUCGACGAGGUGUUCUCCCCAGACCUCAAUGACAACACUUCUAAGGCCUACGAGGAUUUCAGCAACACUUUCCGGAAUCAGAUGCAGAAGAUUUACCAAAAUGUGCAGGGGUUCAAGGAGGUGCAGAUCCUGUCCCUAAGGAAUGGCAGCAUCGUGGUGGACUACCUGGUCCUGCUGGAGCUGUCCUUCAGCUCCCAGCUGGACAGCGAGUAUGAGAAGGUGAAAACGGCCCUGAAAGAGGAGCUUCAGAACUCCAGCCAGGAUGAGGACAGCUGCCACAGCAAACAGACUCUGUGUUUUAAGCCUGACUCCAUCAAGGUGAACAACAACACUAGGACAGAGCUGACCCCAGAAGCCAUCUGCCGUCGCGCCGCACCCAAGGGCUAUGAGGAGUUCUACUUCCCCUUGGUGGAGGUGAACCGGCUCCGAUGCGUCACCAAAUGCACGUCGGGCGUGGAUGGCGCCAUAGACUGCAACCAGGGCCAGUGCGUCCUGGAGCUGAGCGGUCCCGCGUGCCGGUCCUGGGAGGAGGACAGGAAGUGGCUCGAGAUCUGGGACGAGGACAACGUGGGUACUUUUUCAAACAUGGGCUUCGAGGACGACAAGAUAGUUUCCUCUGGGAGCUCUGGGACCCAGGUCAGGGGAGGAUCCACAACCCCCUCAGGCAGUACAGGGUCACCAUACAGCACCGUGUCAACUGCUGGCUCUUCCACACCGGAGUUUGGUGAAGGCUCUAGCCCGGCUUCUCCUCUCUCCACAGUGUUCCCUUGGAGCUCUGGCACCACAGGCCUCAGUGGGGGAUCCACAAUCCCCUCAAGCAGUGUAGGCUCACCUCACAGCACCCUGUCAGCUGCUGGCUCUUCCACAACAGGCCUCAGUGAAGGAUCUACAAGUGCCUCAACCAGCCCGGCUUCUCCUGUCUCCACAGUGUCCCCUGGGAACUCUGUCACCCCCGGCCACAGUGCGGGAUCCACAACCCCCUCAAGCAGUGCUGUCUCACCUCACAGCACUGUGUCAGCUGCUGGCUCUUCCACAUCGGGCCUCAGUGAAGGAUCUACAAGCGCCUCAAUGAGCCCAGCUCUUCCCCUCUCUACCGUGUCGCCUGGGAGCUCUGGCACCACUGGCUUUGGCACGGGAUCCACAACCCCCUCAGGCAGUGUAGGCUCACCACACAGCACUGUGUCAGCUGCUGGCUCUUCCACAACAGGCCUCAGUGAAGGAUCCACAAGUGCCUCAAUGAGCCCGGCUUCUCUCUCAACAGUGUCCCCUGAGAGCUCUGUCACUCCGAGCCCUGGGGGGGAAUCCACAACCCCCUCAGGCAGUGCAGGCUCACCACACAGCACAGUGUCAGCUGCUGGCUCCUCCACACCAGGCCUCAGUGAAGGAUCUACAAGAGCCUCAACUAGCCCCUCUUCCCGUUUCCCAACCAUAUCUCCUGGGAGCUCUGGCACCACAGGCUUCGGUGGGGGAUCCACAACCCCCUCAGACAGUGUAGGCUCACCACACAGCACCGUGUCAGCUUUUGCCUCUUCCACACCAGGCCUCAGUGAAGGAUUUACAAGCAAUGCAACCAGCCCAGCUUCUGCUCUCUCCACAGUGUCCCCUGGGAGCGCUGGCACCCCAGCCCUUGGUGCGGGAUCCACAGCCCCCUCAAGCAGUGCAGGCUCACCACACAGCACCACGUCAGCUGCUGGCUCUUCCACACCUGGGGUCAGUGAUCGAUCUACAGUUGCCUCAAGGAGCCCGGCUUCCCCUCUCUCCACAGUGUCCCCCGGGAGCUCUGGCACCACAUCCCUUGGUGCGGGAUCCACAACCCCCUUAAGCAGCGCAAGUUCGGCUUAUGCAACACUGUUCUCCGACAGCACCCCAACCUCAGGCCUCAGCCGUCAAUCCACAAGCUUCCGAAGCAGUUUUGGCUCUACACACAUCACACAAUCACCCAACACUUCCCCUUCUCCUGGAAUUGCUGAGGGAUCUACCACUCUACAAGGCAGCUCCGCCCCUGCACACACAGCAGCGUCACCAGUGAGCUCUACAACAGCAGGGUCCAGCCAGGAAUCUACGUCGUUUCCAGGCAACCUGGGUUCCUCGCACACAACAGUGUCUUCUAAUGUUUCCACCCCCUCAGGCCUGGGCGAAACAUCCACAGGGUUGCUCAGUGUCCCCAGCACCACUCACGCCACAGGGCCAGCCAACAGCUCCGGAACCCCUGGCCUGGGUGAAACAUCGACCCCAUUCCACAGCAGCCCGGGCUCAACUCCCACAACGGUGCCAUCUGGGAGCUCCCCUGCCCCGGGCCCUGGUGGCUUCUCUACCGCAUUCCCAAGCAGCCCCGGCUCCCCACACACGACAGUGUCACCUGCCGCUUCCGCCACUCCUGGACCCAGCGAGGCAUGGACAACUUCCCAGAGCAGCCCAGGCUCAAAGGACCAAACGGAGUCUCCUGACACCUCCCCAACGGCAGGUCCCGGGGACGCAUCUACCCAUAUCCCCGGCAGCCCGGGCACACUGCAGACCGCAUUCACCACUGAGAGUGUACACACCUCAUUUCCAGGUUCUGCCUCUUCCGGUUCAAGUAUUUCUGGCUUCUCCUCCACAGCAGUGUCCGAGUCUCCUUCAGCCCUCACAACUUCUGGUGGUUUUCCUUGGCUAUCACCGACUUCCCCUCCGUCCACUGCUUCUGCAGUUUCUGGGUUCAACACUACUUCCAGUCUUCUUUCGUCGUUCACUAGUUCCCGCACAGCUGUCACAGACACGGACUCUCCAGCUGUGACAUCGUGGAACUGCCAGGAUGGGACAACAUGGAAUGGAAAAGAGUGUGUCUGUCCCCAAGGCUACUUUGGUUACCAGUGUCAGACCCCCUUGGAAUCCUUCUUAAUAGACGUCCCGGGAAAGAUCAACGCCACUUUAGGUGUGAUAGUGAAAGUGGUUUACAAGAUUUUCACAGAAGACCUGAAUAACACGGCUUCCCAGGCAUACUUAAAUUUUGUUGAACUAUUCAAGAAAGAGAUGGAUAAAGUUUACUCAGGCAACGACCUUCCUGAGUAUAAAGGUGUCAUCAUUAGGGAACUUUCCAAUGGCAGCAUUGUGGUGAAAUAUGACGUCGUCCUGGAGGCGAACUACACCGCACAGUAUAAGCAACUGUUUGAAAACCUCACCAAGAUCGCAAAAGCCAAGAUUGUGACUGCAACCAAAAAAAUUCCUGGUGAUAUUGAUGAGUGCCAAGCAGAGUCCACACUGUGCUACAGUGAGAAGGACACUUCCGUGGAUGAGGCCGUGCAGCUAGGCUUCAACUUCCAGGAGCAAUGCACCCAGAAUGCUGCCCAGGAGUUUGCGAAGUUCUACUAUGUGGAUGUACUGGAUGGGAAGCUGGCCUGUGUGACCAAGUGCACCUCGGGGACACAGUCGCAACUGGACUGUCACAGGGGUGCAUGCCAGCUGCAGCGCAGUGGCCCCCUCUGCCUGUGUCCGAAAUCGAAUACUCAUUGGUACUGGGGAGAGACCUGUGAGUUUAGCACCAGCAAGAGCCUCGUCUACGGGGUUGUGGGGGCUGUCAUGGCUGUGCUGCUAGUCGCAGUGGUUGUCCUGGUCGUCUUCCUUGGCCUAUCUCAGAGAAAACUGCACAGGCAAAAGUACGAUGUGUCUCCAGACUGGAAAAGAGAAGACGUUGCAGGCACCUUCCAGAACACAGGCAUCUGGGAAGACAGCAAUCUGAAGGAGGACAGAUAUGGCCUUGAGAACGUCUACAGCCACUUCCGGCCCUCCUUGGAGACCGUAGACCCUGCCACAGAGCUCCGCAUCCAGAGGCCCAAAGUGGUGAUGCCCACUCGUUUGGGGGUGCUGCAGGUUUCCCGGGCUGACAUUCAUUCUGCGGGCUCCCACGAGAGCGAAGCUCCGAUGCCGAGGCUGGUGACAGUGGCGCUGUGCCUGCUGGCCCUCAUCCUCCAGCUCCCGAGCCCCCAUGCUACAGUUGAGCAGGACCUCAGAGAGAACAGGGCUGUGUGGGAUGGAGGUGGGUGCAUCUCCCCAGAGGACCUUGGGGACCCUCGGUGCCAGCAGCUGGCUGGGAGCUAUCAGGCAGGUCAUACUAAUAAUAUCACUGUAUGGGGACACACGACGAAGUCCACUGAGCCACGAGCUGGGUACAGUGACAAUAAUUCCUCACCCACAAGCACGCCAUUACAAGCUGACAACUCCGCUGCGGGCACCACACAUGGGGCCAGUCCUACUGAGUCCAGCCUACCACCUAACACGCUAGAUGAAACGACCACACUUUUCAACCCUUCUACUGAAUACAGUCCUUCACAAACAACUGAAGAUGGCAUCAGUCCCUCUCCACAGACGGACACAGUGCAAAGCAAUCCCUCAACAGCUCUUCCUCACAGUACCCCACCCAUGACGACUCCCAACGGGGCACGCACAUUUCCUGUUGAUGCCAACCCAUCCUUGACCACUGUAGUUGAAGCCAGCUCUUCUCCGACCACAGUGGAAGGCACCACCCUGUCUUGGCCAACUCCCAGUGAAGGCAGCAGUCCAUUAACUACUGUCCUCGUCAGCACGUUCCCUGGGACCAGUCCUACUGAGGCCAGCACUCCAGCAACAACUCCAGCUGCCACCACCACAUAUUUGCCCUCUUCUACAGAGGCCAUCUCAUCUUCUACCACUGUUGAAGGCACCACCGUUCCUUUGUCAACUCCGAGUCAAGGCGGCACGCCAAGUGCUAGUACUCACUUUAGCACUGCACCUGUCACGAGUCCCACUGAGGCCAGCAAACCUUCUGUUGAUGCAACCAUAUCUGUGACCCCUGUAGUUGAGUCCAGUUCUCCUACCACAAGGGAUGGCACCACCCUGCCUUGGUCAACUCCCAGUGAAGGCAGCAGUCCAUUAACAACUGUCCUUGUCAGCACCUUGGCUGGGACCAGUACACCUGAGGCCAGCACACCUCCUGUUGAUGCUACCACAUCUUUGACCACUGUCAUUCAGGGCCGUUCUUCCCCUACAACAGUGGAAGGCACCACCCUGUCUUUGUCAACUCCCAGUGAAGGCAGCAGUCCAUUAACAACUGUCCUCAUCAGCACAUUCCCUGGGACCAGUCCUAGUGAGGCCAGCACUCCAGCAACAACUCCAGUUGCUACCACCACAUAUUUGCCCACGACUACACAGACCAUCUCAUUUUCUACCACUGUUCAAGGCAACACCAUAACUUUGUCAACUCUGAGUGAAGGCGGGAUGCCAAGUGCAAGUACCCUCUUUAGCACCGCACCUGGCACCAGUGCCACCAAGGCCAGCACACCUCCUGUUGAUGCCACCACAUCUGUGACCCCUGUAGUUGAGUCUAGUUCUUCAGCGACCACAGUUGAUGGCACCACCCUGCCUUCGUCAACUCCCAGUGAAGGCAGCAGUCCAUUAACAACUGUCCUUGUCAGCACCUUGCCUGGGACCAGUGCCCCUGAGACUAGCACACCUCCUGUUGAUGCCACCACAUCUUUGACCACUGUAUUUGAAGCCAGUUCUUCUCCUACCACAGUGAAAGGCACCACCCUGCCUUGGUCAACUCCCGGUGAAGGCAGCAGUCCAUUAGCUACUGUCCUUGCCAGCACCAAACCUGGGACCAGUCCCCAUGAGGCCAGCACAACUUCUAUUGAUGCCACCACAUCUUUGACCACUGUAGUUGAGUCCAGUUCUUCUCCUACCACAGUGGAAGGAACCACCCUGCCUUUGUCAACUCCCAGUGAAGGCAGCAGUCCAUUAACAACUGUGCUUGUCAGCACGUUCCCUGGGACCAGUCCUACAGAGGCCAGCACACCAGCAGCAACUUCAGGAUCUACCACCACAUAUUUGCCCACGGCUACAGAGGCCAUCUCAUCUUCUACCACGGUUGAAGGCAACACCAUACCUUUGUCAACUCAGAGUCAAAGUGGCACUCCAAGUGCAAGUACCUUCUUUAGCCCUUCACCUGCCACCAGUGCCACUGACGCCAGCACACCUCCUAUUGAUGCCACCACAUCUGUGACCCCUGUAGUUGAGUCCAGUUCUUCAGUGACCACAGUUGAUGGCACCACCCUGCCUUCGUCAACGCCUAGUGAAGGCAGCAGUCCAUUAACAACUGUACUUGUCAGCACCUUGCCUGGGACCAGUGCCCCUGAGACUAGCACACCUCCUGUUGAUGCCACCACAUCUUUGACCACUGUAUUUGAAGCCAGUUCUUCUCCUACCACAGUGGAAGGCACCACCCUGUCUUGGUCAACUCCCAGUGAAGGCAGCAGUCCAUUAUCUACUGUCCUUGCCAGCACUUUACCUGGGACCAGUCCCCAUGAGGCCAGCACAACUUCUAUUGAUGCCACCACAUCUUUGACCACUGUCAUUCAGGGCAGUUCUUCUCCUACAAUAGUGGAUGGCACCACCUUGCCUUUGUCAACUCCCAGUGAAGGCAGCAGUCCAUUAACAACUGUGCUUGUCAGCACGUUCCCUGGGACCAGUCCUACUGAGGCCAGCACACCAGCAGCAACUCCAGGUUAUACCACCACCUAUUUGUCCACGGCUACAGAGGCCAUCUCAUCUUCUACCACUGUAGAAGGCACCACCAUAACUUUGUCAACUCAGAGUGAAGGCGGCAUGCCAAGUGCAAGUACCCUCUUUAGCACUGCACCUGGCACCAGUGCCACCGAGUCCAGUUCUUCAACGACCACAGUUGAUGGCACCAUCCUGCCUUCGUCAACUCCCAGUGAAGGCAGCAGUCCAUUAACAACUGUACUUGUCAGCACCUUGCCUGGGACCAGUGCCCCUGAGACUAGCACACCUCCUGUUGAUGCCACCACAUCUUUGACCACUGUAUUUGAAGCCAGUUCUUCUACCACAGUGGAAGGAACUACCCUGUCUUGGUCAACUCCCAGUGAAGGCAGCAGUCCAUUAUCAACUGACAUUGGGAGCACCGUACCUGGGACUGGUCCCCAUGAGGUCAGCACACCUUCUAUUGAUGCCACCACAUCUUUGACCACUGUUGUUGAUGGCAAUUCCUCUCCUACCACAGUGGAAGGCACCACCCUGCCUUUGUCAACUCCCAGUGAAGGCAGCAGUCCAUUAACAACUGUGCUUGUCAGCACGUUCCCUGGGACCAGCCCUACUGAGGCCAGCACACCAGCAGCAACUCCAGGUUCUACCACCACAUAUUUGCCCACGUCUACAGAGGCCAUCUCAUCUUCUACCACUGUAGAAGGCACCACCGUUCCUUUGUCAACUCCGAGUCAAGGCGGCACGCCAAGUGCUAGUACCCUCUUUAGCACUUCACCUAUCACCAGGGCUACUGAGGCCAGCACACCUCCUAUUGAUGCCACCACAUCUGUGACCCCUGCAGUUGAGUCCAGUUCUCUUACCACAGUGGCAGACACCACCCUGCCUUGGUCAACUCCCAGUGAAGGCAGCAGUCCACCAACAACUCUCCUUGCGAGCACCUUACCUGGGACCAGUCCCAAUGAGGCCAGCACAACUUCCAUUGAUGUCACCACACCUUUGACCACUUUAGUUGAGUCCAGUUCUUCUCCUACCACAGUGGAAGGCACCACCCUGCCUUUGUCAACUCCCAGUGAAGGCAGCAGUCCAUUAACAACUGUCCUUGUCAGCGUCUUGCCUGGGACCAUUGCCCCUGAGACUAGCACACCUCCUGUUGAUGCCACCACAUCUUUGACCACUGUAGUUGAAGCCAGUUCUUCUCCUACCACAGUGGAAGGAACCACCCUGUCUUGGUCAACUCCCAGUGAAGGCAGCAGUCCAUUAACAACUGUGCUUGUCAGCACGUUCCCUGGGACCAGUCCUACUGAAGCCAGGACACCAGCGACAACUCCAGCUGCUACCAAUACAUAUUUGCCCACUUCUACAGCGGCCAUCUCAUCUUCUACCUCUGUUGAAGGCACCACCAUACCUUUGUCAAGUCCGCAUCAAGGCAGCACACCAAGUUCUAGUACCCUCUUUAGCACUGUGUCUGUCACGAGUCCCACUGAGGCCAGCACACCUCCUAUUGAUGCCACCACAUCUGUGACCCCUGUUGUUGAGUCCAGUUCUUCUUCUACCACAGUUGAUGGCACCACCCUGCCUUCGUCAACUCCCAGUGAAGGCAGCAGUCCAUUGACAACUGUCCCUGUCAGCACCUUGGCUGGGACCAGUGCUACUGAGGCCAGCAUACCUCCUGUUGAUGCCACCACAUCUUUCACCACUGUAUUUGAAGCCAGUUCUUCUCCAACCACAGUGGAAAAAACCACUCUGCCUUUGUCAACUCCCAGUGAAGGCAGCAGUCCAUUAGCUACUGUCCUUGCCAGCACCUUACCUGGGACCAGUCCCAAUGAGGCCAGCACACCUUCCAUUGAUGCCACCACAUCUUUGACCACUGUAGUUGAGGGCAGUUCUUCUCCUACCACAGUGGAAGACACCACUCUGCCUUCAUCAACUCCCAGUGAAGGCAGCAGUCCAUUAUCUACUGUCCUUGUCAGCACGUUCCCUGGGACCGGUCCUACUGAGGCCAGCACACCAGCAGCAACUCCAGGUUCUACCACCACAUAUUUGCCCACUUCUCCAGAGGCCAUCUCAUCUUCUACCACUGUUGAAGGGGCUACCGUACCAUUGUCAACUUCGAGUGAAGGCAGCACGCCAAGUGCAAGUACCCUCUUUAGCCCUUCACCUGGCACCAGUGCUACUGAGGCCAGCACACCUCCUAUUGAUGCCACCACAUCUGUGACCUCUGUUGUUGAAGCCAGUUCUUUUCCUACAACAGUGGAAGACACCACCCUGCCUUUGUCAACUCCCAGUGAAGACAGCAGUCCUUUAACAACUGUCCUUGUCAGCACCUUGCCUUGGACCAUUGCUACUGAGGCCAGCACACCCGUUGUUGAUGCCACCACAUCUUUCACCAAUGUAGUUGAAGCCAGUUCUUUUCCUACAACAGUGGAUGGCACCACCCUGCCUUUGUCAACUCCCAGUGAAGACAGCAGUCCAUUAACAACUGUCCUUGUCAGCACCUUCCCUGGAACCAAUCCCACUGAGUUCAGCACACCAGUAACAAGUCUUGUUGACACGAGCAAACCUUUCACCUCUUCUACUGAGUCCAGUUCUUCUGCUACAACUUAUCAAGCCACCUCUAUAUCUGUGUGGACAGAUACAGCAGAAAGCAGCCCUCCAACAACUCAUCUUGAUACUACCCCAUGUGGCAGCAGUCCCACGGAGUCCAGCACAGCUCCUGUUUUUGCCACCACAGCUUCUACUACUGUAGUUGAAGCCAGCUCAUCUCCUACCUCAGUAGUAGUUAGCACAAUGCCUAUGUCUACAGCCAGUGAAGGAAGCACUCCAGUAACUAGUGUCCUUGUCACCAACCUACCUGGGACCAGUCCUUCUGAGAGUAUCACAGCAUCAACAGCUGUGGACACCACUAUACUUUUAACAACAUCUCCUGACACCAUUUCUUCUCAUAUACCUAUUGAAGACACCACUACAUCGGUGUCAACUGGUACAGAAGGAAUCACCCGUAGGACAACAAGUUUUGUUAGCAACCCUCCUGUGACCACUUCUGUUGUUGUCACUGCUGCAACAAGUGUUGCUGGGUCUUCCCCUGUGACAACUUUCACCCAAGUCACCACACCAUCAACCAGUAACAGUGGUGCCACCACAUCUUUUUCAACUGCUGAGGAAGUCACAAUCAGUGCAACGACUAUUGGUGACAGCUCCACAUCUGUGUCCAUGUCUACUGCACCCAGCACACCUGCCACCACCAACAGUGGCUUCAUGACCUCUGCUUCAACUCCCCUUGUGGCCAGUACACCUGCCACCUCCACCUCUGUCAGCACCAGUCCUGGGGCCCCUCCAUCAGAAUCCAGCGUGCCAUCCACCAUUGCCUCUCACACCACCUCUGCCACGUUCCCUCCUGCCCCCUCCAGCAGACCCCCACCAACUUCUGCCUCCUCCACACCUGUGACCCCUGCCACCACAACAACCAGGUCAAAAACCAGCACAACGACUACACCCAAGUCCACGGUGUCUACCCCUACUGUCCCCACCAGGCCCUCGACUUCUACAGUGAGACCCACUCUCGCCCCAACUCCUGCUGUGGUCAAGUGCCAGAAUGGAGGCAUCUGGGAUGGGAUCAAGUGCGUGUGCCCCAGCCCAUACUAUGGGCAGAAGUGUGAGGAAGUCUUCGACAGUCUCGAGAUGGAGCCAGUCUUGGCCCAAGUGGAAACGACCGUGACGGUGACCAACGAGGAGUUCACCGAAGAACUCCAAGACCAAUCUUCCAUGAAAUUCCAGGAGUUUAAUAAGACAUUCUCGGAGCAGAUGAGCAUCAUUUAUUCUGGAAUCCCUGAGUAUGUGGGAGUCAACAUCAUAAGGCUGAGUUCCGGCAGUGUGGUGGUGGAGCACGACAUCAUCCUGAAGGCCAAGUACACCUCGGAGUACAGGGAAGUACUGGAGAAGGCUUCCGAGAAGGUGAAAGAAAAAAUCGAGGAAGUGACCAAAGAGCAAAUAAUGAGUAACAGUACCUGCCUAACCUUGCUGUGCUUCAACUCGACUGCCACCAAGGUGCAGAACGUUACCGUGGCCCCGUACGACCCUCUAGAGGAAUGCCGCAAAAGCGCUGGGAACUUCAGCAAGUACUUCACAGUGGAGUACAAGGACCAGCAGCCACACUGCAUCAACCCCUGCAUGUCCGGCUUCAACUCCUCCGUAAACUGUAACUUUGGCAAGUGCCAGCUGAAGCUCAGUGGCCCGCAGUGCUACUGCCUGAGCACGGAAACUCACUGGUACACUGGGGAGAGAUGCGACGCAGGCAUCCAGAAGAGCCUGGUGUACGGGCUCCUGGGGGCGGGGGGUGCGGUGGUGCUGGCUGUCCUUGUCGGCCUCCUGGUGCUCACAUUCCGCUCCAGGAGACAAGUGAAAAGGCAAAAGCACAGAGUGUCUCAGUUGUACAAGUGGCAUGAAGAGGAGGGUGGACCAACCCCUGGGACCUUCCAGAACAUGGGCUUUGACAUCUACCAAGAGAAAGAUGAUUCCAUCUACCUGGACUCCAUCUAUAGUAACUUCCAGCCUUCACUGAGACACAUAGACCCUGAGACAAAGAUUCAAAUUCAGAGGCCCCAGGUGAUGGUGACUGCAUUUUAAGACACAAGCAGUUUCACUUAGAGCUCUGGAGUCCUAGAGAGAGGAGAUUCCAGUUCAGCUAAGCUUGGUGGAACAUUUCCCCAUUGAGAGCACCCCACAGGGAGUUGAUGAGAAGCAACCCCUGGACCAACCUAAAAGGAGAGAGAGAAGAAAGACAACAGUGUUGGGAAACUCUCAAAUAGAAACACCACGGAAGCUCCAAUGGUCUUGUCAUGAUACCAGGUUACACCCUCCUGCUUGUUUCCAGAGAGGUUCCUACUUACGCCGGCCCAGGUUCAGCACCAAGGACAGUACUCACCAGCCCGUUUCCAACCCUGACCCCCAUCAACACUGGACUGUACUUUAUGUUUUACAAAAUACUCUUGAGAAUUAGAGUGUCCCAUCUUCAUGGAAACAUAUAUAUGAGAGUAUAUAAAGUACAUACUAUUAUGAGUAUUUUUAUAGUUCUUACUUUUAUGGCUUCUGAUUUUUCCUUGGGA